GAGCAAUCGCCCGGCCGGAGCCACAGCCUGGCGUGGCGACGCUCUAGCAGCCAUUUCUCAGUGGGCCGACUUGCUCUUUCCCUGGCAGCCUAGGCUCCAGCUCUGCGCGCGCCUGGUAAAACUGUCAUGGCAAGGAUCCCAAAGCUCGCAGUCUUUGAUCUGGAUUACACGCUCUGGCCUUUCUGGGUGGACACGCACGUAGACCCUCCCUUCCACAAGAGCGGUGAUGGAUCUAUACGGGAUAGGCGGGGUCAGAGCAUCCGACUGUACCCUGAAGUGCCCGCGGUUCUGGAAAGAUUGCAGAGCCUUGGGGUGCCCGUCGCGGCCGCUUCACGGACAGGUGAGGUGGAGGGGGCCAACCAGCUACUGGAGCUCUUUGGGCUUGUCAGAUACUUUGUUCAUCGGGAAAUCUAUCCAGGUAGCAAGGUUACACACUUUGAGAGGUUGCAGCAGAAGACUGGAGUUCCUUUCUCACAGAUGAUCUUCUUUGAUGAUGAGAAGCGGAAUAUUGUAGACGUCAGCAAAUUGGGUACCGGGCAGUGACAGUGUGACCUGCAUUCACAUCCAGAAUGGGAUGAGUCUUCACACCUUAACCCAAGGGUUAGAGACGUUUGCAAAGGCCCAAGCAGGGCCCUGAGGUCCAGCCCUGUGGAUGUGCCUCAUCUGACACCUAAAACUGAAAAAGGAAAUCAAGAAGGCAUUCUCAGGUGCAUUUGUUCUUUAUUAAAGUUUAUCUGUGUGGGACAGAAAAGACCUUCUCCAUGGCGUGGAUUGUUUCUAUUUUCUACUGUGAAUGGGGUGGUUGUCCUGAGAUCCCCAGACCAGAGUGUGGGAUUGAGACCCACAGGUUCUGCCUUCACCCGUGACCCAGGCUGUGAUCCCGAGGUCGUGAAGAACUCUCUCACCGCGCUCUUAGCGGUGCCCUCCCAAAGAGCAUUUCCUUUUAGGGAGCCAAGACGAUUUGGGGGUGGGGGAGUCUUUUCAGGUAGUAGAAAUGAAGCGGCCCCUUUAAGAGGGGUAGGCUGGCUCAGCGGAGGCUCUGGCACGUGACAGCGGUGACAGCGCGGUUUCUCUGCGGCUGCCGACGAAGUCACCUUAAAAGGUGGCGCCCAAAGGAGGAAUUGGCCCAGACCCUGAGCUCUGAAAACCACCUUCGGGGAGCGAGGCGGAAGGGUGCGGGGCACCAGCCGAGGGCAGAGGCGCGAGAGCCGAGGUCGCCAUGAGUGGGCUCCACCGACUCUUCGGAAGGGGCAAGAGAUUAUUGAAGAAUUUAAGCAGUCUUGGGCCAGCAGGCUUUGAUUUGAAAAAACUGACUGUUAAAAGUAUGGAAGUUGAAGGGAACGAUUGAAAUCAGAAAGUUUUCUCCAGCGCCUUGCACUUCAUUUAGUUUGGUCUGUGGAGGGAGGACCUUUGGCAUCUCCUAGGAUAGCAAAUGGAACAGUGUUGUCAAAAAGUGACUGAAGGGGCCGGGGAUUUAGCUCAGUGGUGCCACUGCCUGCCUCGAAAGCCCAAGGACCCAAGUUCAAUCCCCAGUACCUGAAAAAAAAAAAAAGUGACUAGAAAUGACUGAAAGGCAGCUGGGAACAC